UACCUCGGGAAGCCGAGCGGGGGCGCUUCAGCUCCACAGAAGUGAGAACGAGCAUGCGCGAGACCUUCACUCAGCACCAGCUGAGGUCAGCCGGAGGAGCAACGAGACACCGGGAGCAGAGUGUGUGGAGCAGCCCGCCAAAUGUACCGCUCCAGCAGGAUGGUGAUGAAUGGAUAAGAGAGUAGCCAAGUCAUGGAUAGACCGCCACAAUGACACAUGAGACCCUCACAAGUUCCCAGCUGUCUGUCAAGGCUGCUGCGCUGCGCAUGGUCGACCUACCUCUCUCCGUCUACGGCUCUCUGGCUCAGGUGAGUGUCAGCACAGGCACAAAGAAACUGGUUGCUGCCACCACCUUUGGUGCUGUCUCGCUCCUCUUCCUCGCACGCCACUUCCAGAGAAGGAAGGGCAGAAAGAGGGCCAUCUCGCCGCAGUGGGAGCAGGCUGGCUUUGAGUUCUUCACCUCAGCCUCGGCACAAAACGAUAACACUAGCCAACAAAACAUCACUCUCUCCCUCAACUCCAAGAAUGGCUACCCCUCUGGUCUGGUCCUCACUGCAGGAACCUACAGAGAACUGGCCGGGUCUCUGCAGAGCUUGGCCUCGGUGAAAAGUGUGAACUCAUCCAGCAGCAGCACUUGUGCAAAUGAAUCCACCUGCUGGGACAGACUGGGAGACGAUGACAUCUGCAGUAUGGUCAACUUACCCGUCACCACACCUGAAAACCUGUACCUUAUGGGUAUGGAUUUAUUUGAGGAGGCUCUGCGGCGGUGGGAGGAGGCGUUGACAUUCAGGAGCAGGCAGGUUGAGGACGAAGUGAACUGUGCCUCCGUUAAAACAGGAGCUGGAGACGCCAUCGCUGAGCAGGGCAUGGAGGACGUCAUCAGCGCAGAGUUCAUCCACAGGCUGAAGUCUCUGCUGCAGAGAGCUUACCACCUCCAAGAGGAGUUUGAGGGAGUGCUCUGCAUGUCAGAGCCUUCAUCGCACAACAGUCAGGACAUCUUGGUCAGAGAGGAGCUGGACGACAUCUGUCUGAGAGACAGUGUCAGCAUCGCCUCCACUGACUCUUUUGUUUCUGCUGCUGAGCUGUCGGAGCACAGAGAGCUGAGGAGCGUCUACACUCUGGGUCAUCAUCCUUUCUACGAGGAGGCGCUGCAGAUGGCAGAGGAAGGCAAGAUCUCCUGCAGGGUGCUGAGAACUGAGAUGCUGGAGUGUCUCGGGGACGUAGACUUUCUGGCCAAGUUGCACUGUGUGCGGCAGGCGUGUCAGCUCAUCCUGUGCGAGAGGACGACCAGGAUGUUUCUGGCCGACACUGGAAAGAAAACACUGUCCUCCAUCAUUGUUAAAGCACACAAGAGCCCAAAGAGAUUCGAGGAAGUGUUUGAAGAGAUGAUUUCCUUCCUGGAGCACACGGAGCACUGGGAAAACACCGAGGUGGAGCUGGCCACACGUGGGGUGAAGCACUUGAACUUCUAUGACAUAGUGCUGGAUUUCAUCCUGAUGGACUCGUUUGAGGACCUGGAGAAUCCACCGAUCUCCAUCCAGAACGUGAUCAACAACCGUUGGCUCAACAGCUCCUUCAAGGAGACCGCGGUGGCGUCAAGCUGUUGGUCAGUUCUGAAGCAGAAGAAACAGCACAUAAAGGUGUCUGACGGCUUCAUCGCCCAUUUCUACGCCGUGUGUGAACAGAUCAGUCCUGUCCUGGCAUGGGGUUUCCUCGGGCCUAAGAGCUCCCUGCACGACUUCUGCAGCUUCUUCAAGGACCAGGUGCUGCACUUCCUGAAGGACAUUUUCGAUCUGGAUAAGGUGCGUUACUCGUCAGUAGAGAGCCUGGCAGAGGACAUGCUCCACCUGCUGCACCGUCGCUCCGAGCUGCUGCUGGCGUACCUGGGAGCCGACUCCCUGCGACACCUCAACAGCUGCAAUUCCACACAGGUGCAGCUGGUUCCCAGCGCCCUGCUGGAGGCGCCAGUGCAGUGAGAGAUCUCCAAACAGACCCAAACACCAAACACAAGAAAAUCUCUGCAUUUAUCCUAAGGUGGGUUCACACCAACUGUCGGACCAAAGAAGACUUUCCGUAGGUGUGAUCACAUCUUCGAUCCGUUUGAUGCACCACUUUAUUGUAUAACAUUAUUUGGCUGGUGUCUGACACCCACUCAUCACACUACCCAUCAUGCCAUCUGCUCUCAAUAUUGUGUACGAGGAUCCAGAUAAACUGUACCAGCCACUACCACUCUACCAGCCUUCACACUUCAUCACUAUCUACUGUGCGGCCUCCUCUUCCUCCUCCUCUUCUCCCUUAUCCCCCUUUUUCACUGUGCCAUGGCAGUGCAUGUUAGAUUUAAAAUAUCAUAGCAAUAAUAUUUGUAAUUUAAACUUGCUGUGAGACUUGACAUUGAUUCUCUAGCAGUAGAUAUAACGCGGUAUAAGUGGAAGCGUAUUUAUGGCCAUUAAGAGCGGUUUAUAAGAGGAAGAGAUAGUAUUUUACUCUAUUUAUUUUAUUAUACAUGAAGCAGGAUUUAUUUUAUAGAGGUUGUAGUUGUGCCUGUAUGCAUCAAUGGAUUUACAGCAUACAUACAGUGAGUAGUAUGAAUACCAAUGUUGUAUAAUAUAUAUAAUGAACUUCAUCAGUAAGUAUUUCCACAUCAGCAAUGCAAAACCUUCAUAUGUGCUUUGUGAUGCUGCUUUGUUGCCCCGGGAAACCAUGAAACAAAGGGAUUUAGUUUGAGAAUUGAAGAAAUGUUUGUGUGUUGUGUUGACCAGCUGUCGGACAACAGAAAUACAGAUUUUUAAGUUAUUUCAAAGGGAAAGUUUAGAGUUUUUAUUGGGUUUUGGAGGUUUUUUUGGCCGCCGCCCCAGAACACACAAAACCUUCAUGCAAUGUGUAAAUAUAGUCCGGAAGGCCAUCGAUCCCAUCAACUACAGGAAAUACAAGAUUAUAACUCAACUGUUGCAUAAUCCUGCAGCUGUGGAGCGACAAUAUGAAGCCUUAUUAUCGAUGCACAUGUUUAAGCCUUGUCUUUGUCACUGAAUGUCAAGUCUGAAGAAAAAAAGUCUAUUUUUCGUAACCUGCGGCAUUUGAAAACACUCGAUGUCUGCUCCGCUGAUCGGUCACUGCCGUGUACAGAACACACACACACAAGAAAGUUUAGAGUUUCAAGUCACUGCAGGACUAAAUGUGUGUCGACGGAUCAGAAGAGUUCAUUCCAAGAUGCUGAAUACUCACUUUUAAAGGGGGAUGGUGGUUGAGUUUCCUCUUAAAAUGGUUGGGUCACUUUUUUCUCCCUAAAGUCUAAAAAACACAACGCUCACAUGUCCAUAUUUACUUCUGAGUUGCUGAAAUCAUUCAAGAAGAGAUUGCUUCUGGAAGCGAUUUCGAUGUAAAUAAUCUGGGACAAAAUCCUCAAUCUGGUUAAUAAAUUCAAGAUCAGCAGGAGCUCACGAGGCUUCAGCAGUCUGUUGCCAAAUCAAUUAGUUAUUUUCUAGUUUUAUAUUUUCAAUUUCAGUAGUUGUCGCACAGCAUGAAGUCUUAAUGACAGGUGUGUCGGAUCAAAGAGUCUCAACUUCAGAAAUGAAUCAAAUAAUCCUGCAAUAUUUUAUCUUCUAGUUCAAAAUUCCCUCAUGUUUCUACAGACAAUGUCUUCUUUGGAGUUAAUUUUAUUUGUAGAGCCCAAUAAUCACAAAUUUGCUUCUUAAAGAGGCUUUAAAAUCUAUACAGAUAUACAACUUAUAUCCUCUAUUCAGAUAAGAACUCCCCCCCAAAAAACCUUUCACAGAGCUGAGACAAUUAGUCGAGCCACAGCUAUUUUUAGGCAUAAAUGGCAUCAACUCAGAAGUUUUAGCUUCUCAAAUGUGAAUAUUUUCUUAUAAUAGACAAUAUAUUUUGGUUAGAGACUGCUGGUCGUACAAAACAGAACAUCAUGCUGAGAUUCUGUUGCCCAAAUAUUCAACUGGUAGUUUAUUGCUGCUCUCCAUAUUUUCAUUAAUCAGUCUGUAAAUCAUCUCUAAGUAGAUUUGUGGCUGUGAGUGUUUUAAGACAGUCAGGUGAAAAAUGUGAGUCUUAUUUUUGGAAUGACUUUCUGUUGACACACGGAGGUCAGUUUCAAAUAUGUAAGAUCACUUUGUUUUCAUGUAUAAAUGAAGCAAAUAAAUACUGAUGAGAAAGUG